CUUCUUCUUCCAACUUGUUUUAACUCAAUUUGCAACGUCAGAGCCGCCGGCAAAAACACCUUUAUUUUAUUCACCUUGUGAUGUGCUGCAGUCCAAUAGUUGACCCACACGCAUAACCCUUGGGUGGCUCGUUUUGUGUACAGAUUUAAGAGCAGAGCUAACUGUGUGAUAAUAAUUAGCACCUAGAACUGAAACGCCUGGUUCCAUAAAACGUGGCAGCUAUGGCCUUCGACGCUUGUCUUGGACUGACGCGUCUCUCGGCUCAGUGCUUCUUCCUCUGCUUUCUAUGUUUCUCCCUAGUUUUUGCUUGUAGCUCGCCGGUUUCGCCUCUCCGACUCUGUCGUCGUCUUCUGUCAGAGACCAACACAACCAUGGACAGUGAGAGCCACAGCAGAUGUUCAGAGAAGAUCAACAAAGCUUCACAACUAAAUGACACAUUCAAAAUGUUUGAUGCCACCUUUUUCGAUUCUGCUAAGUUGCUAGAAAUUGAGAAAGGCACAACAGAGUUCAAUGUACCUAUAAUCAAAGCUAAUAGGAAAUUAGUGGCAUCUGAUAAUGGAGGGUUGCAUAAUCCGUCUUGUUUGGUUUUCAAUCCCCAAUGGGGCAGUGAAAAAGUGGAAGGUGUAAACAAAAGAUUCAAUUAUCCUAUUCUCUCAGGGAUCCGGAAGCCAAAAAAAGACGAAGAUAUUGCGUACAUGAGUGUUCUUGAACUAGGGGAACUGAUAAAGACAAAGCAAAUUACAUCUCAAGAACUUGUACGAAUUUUUCUGCGAAGAUUAAAGAGGUACAAUCCUGUUCUUGAGUCUGUGGUUACCUAUACUGAAGAAUUAGCUUACGAGCAAUCGAAAAAGGCUGAUGAUUUGCUUGCCCAAGGAGUAUAUUUGGGACCUCUCCAUGGGAUUCCUUACGGUUUGAAGGAUAUUAUAGCUGUACCCAAAUACAAGACAACUUGGGGUUCAAUAUCUUUCAAAGAUCAAGUCCUUGACAUAGAAGCUUGGGUUUACAAAAGGUUAAAGUCUGCGGGGGCAGUGCUUAUAGCAAAGCUUGUCUCUGGAUCACUUGCAUAUGACGACAUCUGGUUUGGAGGCAGGACGAGGAAUCCAUGGAAUAUUGUCGAAUUUUCUACAGGAUCAUCAGCUGGGCCUGCCGCCAGCACCUCCGCAGGUAUGGUUCCAUUUGCAAUUGGGUCUGAGACAGCAGGCUCCAUUACCUUCCCUGCAGCUCGUUGCGGCGUGACAGGACUACGUCCAACUUUCGGUACAGUUGGUCGAACUGGAGUAAUGAGCUUAUCAGAGAGUCUUGAUAAGAUUGGUCCGUUCUGUAGAAGUGCUGCUGAUUGCUUCAUUGUUCUUGAUGCUAUUCGAGGGAAGGAUCCAGAUGAUCUCUCUUCGAGAGACAUUCCUCUUGGUGAUCCAUUUUCAGUCGACCUAACAAAGCUUACUGUCGGAUACUUGGAUGACGCUGAGAUGGAGGUUGUUCAUGUGCUUGCGUCGAAGGGCGUUAAAAUGGUUCCUUUUAAACUGAAUUAUACCGUGAGCUCGGUGCAAGGCAUACUGAAUUUUACAAUGGAUGUUGAUAUGCUGGCUCACUUUGAUGAGUGGCAACGCUCUAGGCAAGACGAUGUAUACGAAGCUCAAGAUCAAUGGCCUCUUGAAUUACGCCGUGCACGCGCCAUUCCAGCUGUGGAUUAUGUGCAGGCACAAAGAGCCAGAGGAAAAUUAAUUAGAGAAGUAAAAGAGAGUUUUACUGUUGAUGCAUUCAUUGGCAAUGCCACUGACUGGGAGAAAGUUUGCCUAGGAAAUCUUGUUGGUAUACCCGUAAUCGUUGUUCCAACUGGAUUUACUACCAUAUCUGAUCCACCUCCCUCUGGCACUCAACGAAGAACAACAAUUCCGACUGGAAUCUACGCUCCUCCUGACCAUGAUCACAUUGCUUUAGCAUUGGCGAUGGCUUACCAAUCAGUCACCGAUCACCAUAAGAAGCGGCCACCAAUCGAUGACCUCGGGCCAAAUGAUGUGAUUCCUGAUCCACCCAGAAAAACCAUUCCUCCCAGAAGAUUGCAUCUUUAAAGAGUUUGUAUCUAAUACUAACAUUCAUCAUAGUAUACACUUGAAGCUCGAAACAAACCAAAUCUAUUACAUGGUCGUAUACACAUGUUAAAGAGUAGCAUUGAGUCCAUGUGAUUGACUAUAACUAUAAUGAUGUUUGAAUCGUCAUUGUCGUGUGAAAUGCAGUGAGUAUUACUGUGCAAAAGCAAGUGCUCGCAAGCGAGUUGGUUCCUCCUGGACUUGCCUUCCCUUCUGGGCCAUGUUUGCGUCUUC